AUGCAUCGACUUUUUGCUGAGCUGGAGCUAUCUGUAACCGUCACCGAGCAAAACCUGGCAGACCGAGUCCGGUAUAUCUUGCGCUCAAAUACAUUUGAUGUCACCGAACUCGAACGGCUACGACGUGAGGCUGUUCCUUCAUCGGGUGAAAAUGCUGCGGCUGAGGAUGCGGCGCCACAACUUGCUGAGCAAACGGCAAAUGUAGAUGCCGCCGUGAAUACGCCAGUUGUGGUUGAUUCAAACGAUGAUGGAACAGUCGACCAGGAACUGGAACUAGAGUAA